AUGGCGGCAACAGGAAAGAGGGUACUAGUUGCUGUUGACAAAUCUGAAGAGGGGUCGCACGCGUUCCACUGGUCGCUCGCCAACCUCGCUGCCGAAUCCGACGCGCUGCUCCUCCUGCACGUGCGACCGCCCGUCGCGGAGAUGUUUGACCGUGAGAGCAUCUACCUGGCGAGCGAGGAGGUGUACGCGCUGCAGCGCCAGCUGCAGGCGGAAUCCCAGCAGCUGCUGGACGACCUUGCACAUGCUGCCAGCAGGGAAGGGCCCGAGAACCUGCAGGUGGAGUGUUCAUCGGAGGAGGGCGACCCCAGGGAGGUGAUUCUGAGCGAGGCCAAGCGAGUGGCAGCCGACCUCAUUGUCGUGGGCAGCAGAGGCCUGGGCGCAGUUGGCAGGUGCGUGCAUGCAUGCAGUCUGCUUCUCCUCAUCCCUGUGUCGACUGGUGUAUCUCUAAAGCAGGUGCUUGUUGCCUGA